CCCAAAUACAGCCCAAGUCAGAGCCAAGGCCGAUCCCAUGCAGGUACUCGGUUGGACCUGUGGACCCCAAACCCCACUGUGGAAGGGGCUUGGUGGACCUUACAACCACACUCUGCAAAGAGAAUUCUGAAAACCAAUAGCUCAUGCAAACAGGAUAUUAGCUUUUGUCAGAAAGAUCAAAAAGGGCUUGAGGUUUCUCUUCUCAGCCCCAGCCUCCCCUGCCUCUCCCUCCCUGCUUUAUCUGCUUGCUUCAGUCGGCAUCAGGAAGCGAUGGCAGCGGGUGAGACUCAGAUCUAUGCCAAGGUUUCCAACAAGCUCAAGGGCCGCAGCACCACCUCGCUCCUGGACCCCCUCCUGAGCAUGGGCUUCCCGGCACACACCGCGCUCAAGGCGUUGGCGGCCACUGGAAGGAAGACAGCGGCGGAGGCGUCAGACUGGCUGCACUGCCAUUGCAAUGACCCUUCUCUCGACGACCCCAUCCCCCAGGAGUACGCCCUUUUCCUCUGUCCCACGGGACCCCUGCUGGACAAACUUCAAGAGUUCUGGAGAGAGAGCAGGCGUCAGUGCGCAAAGAACAGAGCCCAUGAGGUCUUCCCUCACAUAACGCUCUGUGACUUCUUCACGUGCGAGGACCAGAAGGUGGAGUGUCUGUAUGAAGCACUGAAGAGAGCCGGGGAUAGGACCCUGGGCGCCUUCCCCUCGGCUGUGCCUCUGGUUCUCCAUUCUUCCGUCAGCUACCUGGGCUUCUUCGUGAACGACAGCCCCGCAGAUAUCAUCCAGGAAUUUGCUGUGAUGUUCGCCACGGAAGCUUCCAUCUUAGCAGACUGCACCGUGAAGCCCUGCACCAAGCAGCUGCAUCUCACCCUGGCCCACAAGUUCUAUCCCCACCACCAGAGGACGCUGGAGCAGCUGGCCAGAGCCGUCCACCCGGGCCACGGCUGCCAGUGGACGGCCGCACUCUACUCGCGGGACAUGCGCUUUGUACACUACCAGACCCUGAAGGUCCGGUUCCAGUACAAACCCCAGAACAUGGAUGAGCUCACACUCAGUCCCGGAGACUACAUCUUCGUGGACCCCACCCAGCAGGAGGAGAUCAGCGAGGGCUGGGUGAUUGGGAUCUCGCAGCAGACCGGCUGCCGGGGCUUCCUGCCCGAGAACUACACGGAGCGAGCUAGCGAGUGUGACACGUGGGUGAAGCACAGGACGUACACCUUCAGCGUAGCCCCCGACCUGAGCUCCGGGAAGGACGGUGAAGCCAGCAGCAGACGGAACGGGGACCCUCAGCCUCCGCCCAUGUCCCGGAGUAUCAGUAGCCUGCAGUCCCUACAGGCCACCAUAAUGAGGAAAAGCGUCCUGGUGGUGCGCCAUGGGGAGAGAGUGGACCAAAUCUUCGGGAAGUCCUGGCUGCAGCAAUGUUCCACUUCCGACGGGAAAUACUACCGGCCAGACCUGAACUUCCCUCGCAGUCUGCCCAGACGGAGCCGCGGUAUCAAAGACUUUGAAAACGAUCCACCUUUAUCGUCCUGUGGAAUUUUCCAGUCCAGAAUGGCAGGGGAAGCUCUGCUGGGCAGUGGCAUCAGGAUCAUCUCCGUCUUCACCUCCCCAGCCCUCCGCUGUGUGCAGACAGCCAAACACAUCCUGGAAGAGCUCAAACUGGAGAAGAAAAUUAAGAUAAGAGUGGAGCCCGGAAUCUUUGAAUGGACCAAAUGGGAGACUGGCAAAACCACCCCGACCCUCAUGACCCUGGAAGAGCUGAGAGAGGCGGAUUUCAACGUCAGCAUGGAUUAUAGGCCCGCCUUCCCCCUCCCCUCCCUCCUGCCCGCCGAGCCCUACGAGGAUUACUUGCACAGGUGUGCAGUGAGCAUGGAACAGAUCGUCAGCACCCGCCCGCAGGACGUGGGCGUCAUCCUGGUCGUGGGCCAUGGCUCGGCGCUGGACUCCUGCACCCGCCCACUCCUUGGGCUGCCGCCCCGGGACUGCACAGACUUCACCCAGCUAGUGAGGAAGAUCCCUUCUCUGGGUAUGUGCUUCUGCGAAGAAAACAAAGAGGAAGGAAAGUGGGAGUUGGUGAACCCUCCCGUGAAGACGCUGACUCAUGGCUCAAACUCAGCGUUUAACUGGAGUAACUGGAUCCCAGGCAACUAAGAGCCACCUCUAUGUUUGCAUAAUUCACAAUGAUGAAGAGGGGAAACGCUUCGCAGUGGCUGUAAGAUACUGUUAUUUGAAAAGAUCAUAGUCUCCCCUAAUAUGACUUGUAAAAGCACAAAAGGCACUUUUAGAUACCAGAGUGUUUGCCCUCUGCGGACCGUCAUCCUGUGAGCUUAGCUGUGGGGAUGCCACCUUGUACCAUGUGCAAUGGCCGUGUGGCUUGGAGGGGAAUGAGGAACCAUUACACUGACCCCACAGAAAAUUCUACUUUACUUUAUAUGUCUUUAUUCAUCAAGUCCCCAAUUGUUUUUUUCUUUUUCUGUUUCAAUCACUCUUUGGCUAUGUCCACAUAGGCCAAAAGAGGUGGAAUAUUGAAUAAA